GACCCUUAUGAGUUAUUCUACCCGUCCUCAUGAAGGAACGAACAGCGACUGAAGUGUGCAGCGGUUUCAGUUUCUGUGUUUAGGGGAAACCACAGUCUGUUGCUCCACUGUCAGCUCACACCUGAUUGGCUGCUCUCUCUCCGUGCUACACUGCACUUCCUGUCAGGAAGACGAGUCACCGCCUGCCCGUCGAAAAAGAACUCAAGCUCACGUCGACAUUGAAGACAGAACCGACCCGAAGACUGAGCAGAGACGUUCUGUUAGAGGAACUGUCCGUCAGAGACGUUCUGUUAGAGGAACUGUCCGUCAGAGACGUUCUGUUAGAGGACCCAGAGAUGUUCUGUUAGAGGACCCAGAGAUGUUCUGUUAGAGGACCCAGAGAUGUUCUGUUAGAGGAACCUGCAGUCAGAGACAUUCUGUUAGAGGACCCAGAGACAUUCUGUUAGAGGACCCAGAGAUGUUCUGUUAGAGGAACCGGCAGUCAGAGACAUUCUGUUAGAGGACCCAGAGACAUUCUGUUAGAGGACCCAGAGAUGUUCUGUUAGAGGACCCAGAGAUGUUCUGUUAGAGGACCCAGCUGUCAGGAGGCCUCCAUCUGCUGCUGCUGCUGCCGGGGGAAGUGUAAGUGUGCCGGACCAUGAGUCGCAGCCCCCCUGAGGGUCCGCACAAGGCGGCCUCUUACCGCUGGAACCUCAGGAGGCCCGGGCAGCGGCCCGCCACCCCUCCAGCCCCCCAGCAGUCAUUGGACCGUUACCAGUGGAGGACAUCUGCUCACCUGGCACCAGCACAGACGGCCGCCCCCCAGGGCAAGGGUCACCGGCGCAUGCUAAGCCUCCCGAGGUUCACAACCCGCCAUGAGUCCCCCCCACGCCAGAACCAGGACCAGGGGAGGCGCAGGACCCUGCCCUACCUGAGGUCUGCAUCUGAGCCCGGUGCAGACAGAAAGUCGCAGAGACCCGUCAGCAGCUUCCUGUCGUCGGUGUCCCGCAGGAUCAGCAGAAUCCUGGGAGCUGAAGCUGGAGAGUCCGAUGUUAAAGGCCCUCCGGCUCACCGCUUCUCCUGCGGUCAGAGUCCGUACAGCGACACGGUCUCCUGGGAGAGGAAGUUCUGCAUCCUGACGGACAGCCAGCUCAUCCUGCUCCACAGAGACGACGAGGCCGGGGUUGAGGCUCAGGAGAGUCCCACCAACUCCUCGAAGGGUCGAAGUCUCCGCAGGACCGUCAGCGUUCCCUCUGAGGGACAAUUCCCAGAGUUCCCAGCAGAGGGCGCCUCUGCCAUGCUCGAAGUUUCUUCGGAGCGUUCUCCGAGGAGGAGGAGUAUCUCCGGAGUCGGGAGUUCGGAGAAGAGCGUCGCCGCCGACAGCCCCAACUCGUCGCCCUUCAAAGUGCCGGGUUUCUUCAGUAAACGUCUGAAAGGCUCCAUCAAAAGGACCAAGAGUCAGACCAAACUGGACCGGAACACCAGCUUCAGACUGCCUUCACUGCGGCAACCCGAACCAGACAGGUCCCGCGGGCUCCCCCGGCUGCAGGAGGCGGGCUCUCAGGACUCCCUGCUGAGCCCGGGCAGCGCGGUGGAGGCUCUGGAUCUCAGCAUGGAGGAGGACGUGUUCAUCAAGCCUCUGCACAGCAGCAUCCUGGGGCAGGACUUCUGCUUCGAGGUGACGUACUCUGGAGGCAGUAAGUGCUUCAGCUGCACGUCGGCUGCAGAGAGAGACAAGUGGAUGGAGAACCUGCGGAGAACCAUCCAGCCCAACAAGGAUAACUGUCGCCGGGCGGACAACCUGCUGCGUCUGUGGAUCAUCGAGGCGAAGGACCUGCCUCCGAAGAAGAAGUACUUCUGCGAGCUGUGUCUAGACGACGUGCUCUACGCCCGCACCACCAGCAAGCCGCGCGGCGACAGCCUCUUCUGGGGGGAGCACUUCGACUUCAGCGGCCUCCCCCCCCUCCACAGCGUCACCGUGCACGUGUACCGCGACCCCGACAGGAAGAAGAAGAAGGACAAGAACAACUACGUGGGGCUGGUGAACAUCCCGGUGUCCGGCGUGACGGGCCGGCAGUUCGUGGAGCGCUGGUACCCCGUCAGCACCCCCACCCCCAGCAAGGUCAAAGGGGGGGGGCCCUCCAUCCGCAUCAAGUCCCGCUUCCAGACCAUCUCCAUCCUCCCCAUGGAGCAGUACAAGGAGUUCGCCGAGUUCAUCACCAACAACUACGGCACGCUGUGCUCCGUGCUGGAGCCCGUCAUCAGCGUCCGCAACAAGGAGGAGAUGGCCGGAGCGCUGGUGCACAUCCUGCAGAGCACGGGGCGGGCCAAGGACUUCCUCACUGACCUGGUGAUGUCGGAGGUGGACCGCUGUGCAGAUGUUCUGAUCUUCAGGGAGAACACGCUCGCCACCAAAUCCAUCGAAGAGUUCCUGAAGCUGGCCGGACAGAAGUACCUGCACGACGCCCUCGGGGAGUUCAUCAGGGCUCUGUACGAGUCGGACGAGGUGUGUGAGGUGGACCCGUGUCGCUGCAGCAGCUCGGAGCUCUCUGAACAUCAGAGCAACCUGAAGAUGUGCUGCGAGCUCGCCUUCUGCAAGAUCAUCAACUCUUACUGUGUGUUUCCCCGCGAGCUGAAGGAGGUGUUUGCGUCGUGGCGGCAGCAAUGUGAGGCGCGCGGUCACCAGCCGGACAUCAGCAAGCGACUUAUCAGCGCCUCGCUCUUCCUGCGCUUCCUGUGUCCCGCCAUCAUGUCGCCCUCGCUCUUCGGCCUGAUGCAGGAGUACCCCGACGACCGCACAUCGCGCACCCUCACCCUCAUCGCCAAGGUCAUCCAGAACCUCGCCAACUUCACCAAGUUUGGAAACAAGGAGGAGUACAUGGCCUUCAUGAAUGACUUCCUGGAGCACGAGUGGGCGGGGAUGAUGCGUUUCCUGUCGGAGAUCUCCAACCCCGAGACGCUGUCCAACACGCCGGGCUUCGAGGGUUACAUCGACCUCGGCCGCGAGCUGUCCGUCCUUCACGGCCUGCUGUGGGAGGUGGUCUCUCAGCUGGACAAGGGUGAAAAUUCCUUCCUGCAGGCCACCGUAGCGAAGCUAGGCCCGCUUCCGAGGAUUCUGGGAGAUAUCUCGCGCUGCCUGGCCGCCCCGCCGCAGCAGCAGCUCCGACGCUUCCAGGACCAGAACUCGGGGAACCUCAGCGGCAGCCUCUCCUCAGGCCUGCAGCGCAUCUUUGAGGACCCCAAUGACAGCCGCAGCGACGCCCGCAGCCUGCAGCUUCCUGUCGCUGAUCUGAUGGAGGGUUACGGUCGGGCCCCCCCCCUGCAGCGCCCCUCCGCCCACAGCAGCUUCUCGGACCCGGAGGACCGGGAGCAGCUGCUGCCCCCCGGACGCAGCGUCUCCCUGGUGGACCUGCAGGACGUGCAGAGCCAGGAGCCCCCGACCCGCCUCAGCAGGGUGGGCUCGCAGGCCUCCAUUGGACACCCCCCCCUCCCUUACCCCCAUUGCAACCCCCCGAGCAAAGCCCCGCCCAGAGACGCUCAGCCGCAGAGCGCGCCGCAGGCCCGGCGGCCGCUGCACCCAUCAGUCAGCCAGCAGCGCAGCCUGCAGCCGCUGUCCUUCCAGAACCCCGUCUACCACCUCAGUAACCCGGGCAACCAGGGUAAACCCAGUAACCAGGGCAACCUGAGUAGCCCCGCCCACAGUCUUUGUGACCCUGCCAACAACACGAGUAGCCCCACCCACAAUAUGAGUAACCCCAGUAACCCAACCCACAUAAUGGGUAACCCCAGUAACCCCACCCACAGCAUGAUUAGUCCCGCCCACAUUCUUUGUAACCCCGCCCACAGCCUGUCGACCCGCUCCGCCCACUCUCAGCGCCAGGACUCCAGCUCGGAGAACCUGAGCACCGAGAGUUCCCACAACAGCCGCACCUCGGACGACCUCGGCAGCCAGGCGGGGGUCAAAGGUCGCGCCCCGUCCAGCAGCAGCCUGGACGAGUCGGGGGGGCGGCGCAGCGUUCAGAGCGAGGGAGGGGGCUCCACACCGCGAAGACACGCCCCACCGCCCGACCUCCCCACGGCGGUCGCCAUCCCCCGUCAGAGCACCACGGCCGGCACCGCCCACAUCGUAAAGGUGGAACAGCAGAGCAAAGGAGGGGGCGGGGCCAGGACGCCGCGCUCCGUCCCCCACAGCCAAUCACUACGCAGCAGCAGCAGCGCCAACACAGAGCCCACCCCCACGACAGGACACGCCCCCUCGACGGGGCACGCCCCCCGGCAACAGGAGAGCAUGGCUCCGCCCCCGAGGAGCGUCACCAAGCAGCCGCCGCAGGUACUGCAGGAUCAGCAGGUAACACCAGACAGAACCUCACUGCUCUUAUAUCAAAUACCAGUAAUCAACGAUCUGAAUGUUCAGGCUUCUCCGGUGGAGGUGAUGUCUCCGGUGGAGAGGACGGCAGCCUGGGUGCUGAACAACGGGCAAUAUGACGAGGAGGAGGCGGAAGAGGAGGGGGCGGAGAGGAGCAGGGAGGAGGGCAGGAACACUGAGAAGUAUGAGCAGGAGAUCUCGCGGCUGAAGGAGCGGCUGAGGGGGUCGGGGCGCCGCCUGGAGGAAUAUGAGCGGCGGCUGAUGGCUCAGGAGCAGCAGAUGCAGAAGCUCCUGCAGGAGUACAAGCAGCGACUGGAGGACAGCGAGGAGAAGCUGAAGAGGCAGCAGGAGGAGAAGGACAGCCAGAUGAAGAGCAUCAUCUGCAGACUGAUGGCGGUGGAGGAGGAGUUAAAGAGGGACCAUGCAGAGAUGCAGGCGGUGAUCGAAGCAAAACAGAAGAUCAUCGACGCUCAGGAGCGGCGGAUCGGCUCCCUGGACGCGGCGAACUCCCGGCUGAUGGCGGCGCUGACGCAGGUGAAGGAGCGCUACAACACACCUAGCAUCCGCAACGGCCUGUCGCCUAGCAACCCCACCAAGCUGUCAAUCACCGAGACCGGGGAGUUCAAGAACAGCAGCUGCUGAUUGGCUCCCGAGAGGGCGGGUGGCAAGAGGCGGGGCUUAGACUCUGGGCACCAAGCAGAGAUGGAAUCUAUAAAUAUGUGUGUAAAUACUGAAGGCUGUGUGUGUGUGUGUGUGUGUGUGUGUGUGUGUGUGUGUGUGUGUGUGUGUGUGUGUGUGUGUGUGUGUGUGUGUGUGUGUGUGUGUGUGUGUGUGUGUGUGUCUCACAGAAGCACAGAGAGGAAGAAACAAACCAAAAACUAUAAACGCACUCCAGUUUUAUAACUGACUUUUUAAAAUCUGUUUUUAUUUGAAUUUUCUGGUUUUUGUUUUUGAAGCUGAAUUUUUUUGAGUGGAGUUCUCUUUCUUUUCUUUUUUUAUCCCUGAGGAGUUUUUGGUUUCUAAUUUAUUCCUCCACUGGUCUCCUCGUUGCUACUGAACCGACUCCUGUAGGAUCACACCCUGCCUGCUGUCACUCCUUCACAAUAAAAGCUGCCUGAGUGUGA